AUGUCAAGCUUGGCACAAGCCAGCAAAAACGUUGCUCGAAUUGCUGUAAGACAGGCUUCCUCGCAUUCGCAUGAUUCUCAUGCAGUUUGGCGUGAAAUCAAUCGACUUGGAAGCGAGGGAAAAUGGGAUAAUAUUAACAAUGCUCCUAAACUUUUCCUUUUCGGACAAGCGAAGAAGGAAUCCUAUGCUGCAUACAAUGCCAUCAAUAAGAAUGCUGAUUUCUUCAAAUCCACUCCAUAUGGCCAAUAUCUGAAGGUAUUUUGGAGAAUUGCUCUUCUUCUAGGUGUGAUUAAGGCCGGAGUUGUCGCUUAUGAGUUCGCUGUUCCUGAAGAAAAGCGUCUGCAUUACAAAUAUCGCCACCAUGGAAAUCACGGCGAACACCAUUAA